AUGACUUCUCCCGACUCUAGCAUCCGAGAAAUCCUCAGAAUCUGGACAUUUUGCUCAGAUGAACUUGCGCGGAUUGACUCAGAAGGGGACUCGGGCCAUCAUAUGCCUCGUGCAACUCCAGAACCGGACAUUAAUUGCCACGAGGAUGUCUCUAGCUACCGUGCUGGGGAGGUUUUUGAUGCCAAUCAAAGUGGUCUCCCUGACGAAGCCGUGAAAGAAGGAUCUGACUAUGAUCUGACCUCGCAUACAAUUAUAUCACAUCACCACCACCACCGUGAUCUCAGUGAAGCUAGGAUUAGUUUGAUUUCAAUCCACUCACUCUGUACUCAUAUUUACAAAUCCUUCACUUUUCAAACGGACAGUGAUGCGAGCAACAUCGAAAGCAGUCUGGACGGCCAGGAAGAUCCAGAGAUUGAGAACGAAAGCGUAUUUGAAGAUUCCAUUGCUGAUGAUGAUAUGAAGAUGAUGUUUGUCUCUGGAGAGACGGCAGAGCCCUCGCCUGAAACCACAACUUUGAUUGAGGAAAUCACUCGCCAACAAGUGAUCGAAAUUCUUACCCGCAGCACUGCACUGGCAACUCGCCGUGGCGUUCGCUCAAUCUCCACCGACGACCUUAUUUUCCUGAUUCGCCACGACAAAGCUAAGGUCUCCCGUCUUCGAACUUUUCUUUCCUGGAAGGACGUCCGCAAGAAUGUCAAAGACUCCGACGACAAAGGCGGCGGUGACGCUGCGGACUUCGCUGCUGCAGACGAUGCGGCAGGUGUUGUCGCUGGUCCGCAAGAUGUUGCCGCUAAGCCCAAGAACAAGCGAGCCAAGGUCGGACUAGCCUGGGAUGUCAACAGCUUCUACUCAAUCCAAGUGCCCGAGCGAGAAGACGAAGAAGACGAAGAAGAGGAGGAGCAGAACUACGCGACACUCCAGCGUCUUGCUGCAGCCGAUGAACGCACCCGUCACAUGACGAAGGAGGAGUACGUGUUCUGGUCUGAGUGUCGCCAAGCGUCCUUUACGUACCGCAAGAGCAAGCGAUUCCGCGAAUGGGCGGGUUUCGGUAUUGUGACCGAGUCCAAGCCGAACGAUGAUAUUGUCGAUAUUCUUGGGUUCCUUACAUUCGAGAUCGUCCAGACCCUGACUGAAGAGGCACUUAAAGUAAAAGAGCGCGAAGACAACGAGAAGAACCGACGUGGGGGUGCUGAAGCCGGCGAAAAUCUUAAGAAACGGAAGCGUGAGACCGGCUUGUUCGAUCCGCCGGAGGAAGGACGCACGCCCAUCGAGCCACGCCACGUUCGCGAGGCUUACCGCAAGUUGCAGGCUACUCCUCAGAAGGCGGUUGCCAUGUUAUUGCACGAGGGCCGUGUUCCUGCUCGCCUUCCUCUUGUUUUGAUUUAA